AUGCAAACCCUCCAAACCCCUCAUCUCUUCACCUUCCUUCCCCCCAAAACCCUCCCAAAACCCUACACCAAACCCCACAACCCUCCCCCCAAAACCCACCACCUUCCCUGCAAAACCCUAGCCGUCAAAUCCUCCCUCAGCUCCGACGAGUUCCCCGUCGACGAGACCUUCCUCGAGUCCUUCGGCCCCAAAGAGAAGGAAUCCGAGGACGAAGCUCGCCGCCGCAACUGGGUCGAGCGAGGCUGGGCUCCCUGGGAAGAAAUCCUCUCCCCAGAAGCCCUUUUCGCCAGACAUUCCCUCAACGAAGGCGAAGAAGUCCCUCUUCAAACCCCCGAAGCCAUCGAAGCUUUCAAGAUGCUCAGCCCUAAGUACAGGAAGAAGAAAAUGGAGGAAAUGGGUUUGACUGAGGACGAUUACUAUGCCAAGCAGUUUGAAAUUAAGGGUGACAUUCCGGAGCCAUUGGACACGACGUGGGCUGGGCCGCUGGUGGUCCGCCACGUGCCUCCGAGGGAUUGGCCGCCAAGGGGGUGGGAGGUGGAUAGGGGGGAAUUGGAGUUUAUUCGGGAAGCGCAUCGGUUGAUGGCGGUUAGGGUUGAUUUGGAGGAGGUGGAGAAGGAGGCAAAGACGGAUACGGAGGGUUUGUGUUUGGAUAGGUAUAAGGUGUUUUUGAAGCAGUAUAAUGAGUGGGUCGCGGCGAAUAAGGAUAGAUUGGAAGAGGAGUCUUAUAAGUAUGACCAGGAUUACUAUCCUGGUAGGAGGAAAAGAGGCAAGGACUACAAAGAGGGAAUGUAUGAGCUCCCAUUUUACUAUCCAGGACAAAUUUGUGCAGGUAAGGUGACUACUUUGCACCUUUAUCAAGGAGCAUUUGUUGACAUUGGAGGUGUCUAUGAUGGGUGGGUCCCUAUAAAACGUAAUGACUGGUACUGGAUCCGCCAUCACAUAAAAGUUGGUAUGCACGUCAUUGUUGAAAUUCUGGCAAAACGUGACCCCUACCGGUUCCGGUUUCCUAUUGAGAUGCGUUUUGUUGAUCCUAAUAUAGAUCACCUGAUCUUUAACAGAUUCGACUUCCCACCAAUAUUUCAUCGUGAUGAGGAUACUAAUCCAGAUGAAAUACGUCGUGACUGUAGAAGACCUCCUAUUCCCAUAAAAGAUCCAGGAAUCAAAGUGGAAGAGGAACCUUUGUUGUCAAAUCACCCAUAUGUUGAUAAGAUUUGGCAGAUCCAUGUUGCUGAACAAAUGAUUCUGGAUGAUAUGGAGACUAAUCCUGAUAAAUAUGAGGAUAAAAAAUUGACAGAGUUAACUGAUGAUGAUGAUUUUGAUGAGGAAAACAGUGUUGAAUAUACCAAAGCUUAUUAUAAGAAAACUUUAGUACCAAAAAUGAUUCUGAAAACAAGCGUCAAAGAACUCAACUUGGAAGCUGCACUUGCUGAGCGUCAGCUCCAUAAUAAACUGAGAAAGGAAGCAAAAGAAAGAGGAGAGGAAUAUAAAGUUACCAAGAUGAGACGAAAUAUUGAAAUGGAUGAAUAUGACUUCAUCCACUGGCGCCGAUCAUUCGAGGAAAGAGAGGCUCUCAUCAGAGAUAUUAGCUGCCGUCAAGCGCUUGGCCUUCCAUUGGAAGAGCCCGGAAGGUUUGUAGAUGCCAGUUAUUUUGGAAAAGACCAAUACGACCCUGCAGACCCUUUAUACCGGUAUGACUACUGGGGAGAACCCAAGAAUUCAGAAAAGAGUCGGCAAGAGCGGAUGACUGAUGCCCACAACAAGUCCAUUGUCGGCAAAGGCACCGUUUGGUAUGAAAUGUCUUACGAAGAUGCGAUGAAGCAACAGAUGCAGAGAGGAACGGUGCAAAAAGAGUUUGAUGAUGAAGAAUAUGAAAGAGAAUACGACGACGACGACGACGACGACUUUGAUUAUAGCAUUCUAGGAGACCCUAACGCGAGUUUUCCAAAUCCACCUCUUGUUAAUGGGACUGAAUCUUCUAGAAUGUCCGAUGAGGGUAUGUUUGAGAAUUAGUUGAGGAGAAAUUGGUGGAUUGUAAGUGUGAUUUUUUUGUAAUUUGUACAUAGUGAGAGGAGCGUAGAGAACAAGCUACGGCGGGGCAAGCACAUUUUUGUUGGGGGUAACUUGUAUCAUCCAUUGUCAUGUUGUAAUGUAAUAGUAGUGCAUCAUAAACAGAAAUAAGGGAGGGAAAAAAAAGGACCUUUAUUUAUGUUUUUGGCAUAUCGUUUUGUGUUUCAAA